AUGAUCAACUCGGUUUCCCAAAGUAAUGGCGGCGUACCGGCCCCGUUGUCUGCAUCCUCGAUACGGGCUGGAAGGCCCGGAACCAGAACAAAGUAUGCGCCAAAAGCCUGCCAGGAGUGUCGCCGGCGGCGAGCAAAGUGUGGCGGAGAGAGGCCAAGCUGCUCACGAUGCGGCGCGCGCCAGAUAGCGUGCAUAUACACAACUGAGAGCGAUGGACGUGGGACUGCGCAAAAGUCAUAUGUCCGUUUACUACAGACCCGAAUUGAAUUUCUCGAGCGUAUUCUGUCGUUUCACUCAAUCGACAUUGAAUCUUCGGCUGCGUACUUAUCCCCCCGUUUCACACAGCCUCAAAAGACAAGUACGGAUUCAAACGUGGAGGCUGCCGGUUGCUCUUCCUCGCCCGAAAACCCGAGCCCCGCCUUACAGGGGAUUCUUACUGAUGAUGAGCCGCUCAGCGUCGAUGGAAAUGGUGAAACAAGAUAUUUUGGAUCGACAAGCGGCCGUCACGACCUCUGUCGCCAAAUUGAACCCAGUCUUCAGUCAGAAGAGGACUUAGAAAACCACCUUCUUGAGCUCUACUUUAGGUGGGAACAACCCUGGCUGCAAGUAGUUGAUGAGACACUUUUCCGAUGGAGUAGGAAAACUGGGGGACGGUAUUGCAGCGACCUGCUGCUUAACUCUAUCCUUGCCAACGGGAGCAGGUUUAGCGAUCGUGUCGAUGUUCGUACAGAUAUCACUGACUCCAACUCGGCUGGUCGGGCAUUUAAGGAUAAGGCUGAGGUCUUACUUUAUGAUGAGUUGAGACACCCCGGUAUAACUACUCUACAGGCAUUGACAGUGCUGGGAACAGUCUGUAUUGUGAGUAUAUUCCAUAUCCUUCAUAUGUACCAAGGUGUUUGCUUACAAAGUCGACAGGCAAUGGGCCAAGAUGCCACGGGAUGGAUGUACCAUGGUAUGGCUAAUCGCCUGCUCUAUGAUUUGGGUCUGAAUAUUGACCCCAGUGCACUUCCAAACUCUCUACGCCUAACUGCAGAAGAAGCUGAGUUGAGAAGGCAAAUAUAUUGGUCAUUAUAUUGCGUUGAUAAACUGGCAUCUGGCUAUACUGGCCGUGUCUGCAUGAUGUUGGACAUUCAGGGCGCUGUGAAUUUGCCUUCGCCCCCUACUGAGUCGCCGGCGAGUAUUGAUAAUGACUCGGAAGGCCUGGCUGAGAAGCGUCGCUUAGUAUCCUUUCAUAACUCCCUCAUUUCCUUAUGCAAAAUUCUCGAGGAAAUAUUCAUCAAGUUAUAUGCACCAAAGAAUCUGGCGUCCGAAGACCAAAAGCAUGCUAUAUUUGAAACUUGUAAACUGUCUCUUAGAAGUUGGUUCUAUGAGCUGUCCGAAGAGUUCAAGUUUCACAAGGCUGCUACUCGAAAGGGGGUUCUUCCCCAAGUUGUCGCCUUGCAAAUGGUUUACCAUACCUCAGUUAUACUGCUUGCAAAGCCUUUCAUAUACAGACACCCAGAAUGUGAAGAAGAGCCACCAAAGCCAGGGCAGUCUAGUAAUGGCUUUACCAAGACAGCGAUUGCGCUCUACAUAGGCGCUGCUCGUGAGGUGAGCGUUCUGUCAGACCAGUACCGCGAAGUGUUUGGCAGCUUUCGUCUCAGUCCAAUCACGCCUACCCAUUCGAACCUGUCAGCCGCCCUGGCCUUGUUGAGUUCAUGUUCCAAGACAAGCAAUAGCACCAACACAGCUUGUGGUACUCUUGAGCGUAUCGGGGCAUGUCUGCAAACGCUAGGCGAAUUGUCGACAUCUUGGACACCAGCACGCAGAUACUAUGAGAGCCUCAGGAAUUUGAUCAAGGAUAGAGGUAUCGAGGUUCCCAACGCUAACCCACAAGUUCCAGUAUCGGGUUUACUGAACGACAAAUCCUCACUCGAUUGGGCAGACAACCCCGAUCCCAAUGUAGUUGGAAAUCCUUCAGGUGAGGAUUUGAGUUGGUUGACAUGGCUCUCAACGAUUGAUACCGAGUGGGGGAAUAUCGAAGGUAUGGGACUAUUUGACCUACCCCUCGAUAUCGAUCAGGAGGCAUCCCAUCCGUACCCGUCGUCUAUGUCGUGGCAGUGA